UCACUUUUUGGCAACAUUUUGUUUGUAACAAGAUAUAAAAAGAAGAUAGAAAUUGUCUUGAGGAAUUGCUCCGCUUUUGUAAUUUGCCACUCCCGUACCAGAGGUCUUUAAAUACCUCUUCCUGAGCUGCUGCUUACUAUCAGAAGCAGAAUGAUUGCCCUGAUUUUUAUAUUUCUGUUAACUGCACCCGCUUUUUUCUGCGAAAGAGUGGAGUUACGGUCACCUCGCUACACAAACUUCGGAAACUGGCAUCCAUGGUCAAGAUGCCGUGAUGGCGAGUUUGCCUACGGUAUUCAGGUCAAGGUGGAGGGAGAUCAACGAGGUGGUGAUGAUACUGGUCUUAACGCCGUUUGUCUUUUCUGCCGUCCACUAGGAUCUGACGAAAUCAGCAGAGAAAAUUGGAUAAAUAGCGGAGAAGGCCUGUGGGGUGUAUGGGGAGCUAGAAAAUACUGCCAGAAUACAAAUGUGCUCAUUGGAUUCGAAUUACGAUCUGAGCCGGACCAAAGGGGGAAAGAUGAUGUCGCUGCGGACAACUUUGCCGGGUAUUGUGGAGAACCACUCGGCCCUAGAACCAAAGACGUGUGGGUCGCAGGAGACACUCCAGGAUGGGGAGAAUGGACGGGUGCUCAAUUGUGUCCAGAAAGAUACGCAGUUUGCGGAAUACAAAGUCAAAUUGAAGGAGAUCAACGCGGCGGUGAUGAUACCGCUCUUAACAAUGUGAACGUAGAGUGUUGCAAAAUUACCGUGGCAGCUUGCAACCCUGGAUACUCUCUUGUGCGAAUUGCACACUAUGAUAAUAGUCAAAGCCCAGGAACUGUUGCCCACGAGGUACUACGCAGAAUUUCGAUCACUAAGACAACUGGAUCGACCACAACGCUUUCGAAUUCUGAGAAAAAUACAGUUUCUGGUUCUAUUGGGGCAAGCAUGGCUUAUACCGAUGGUCAGUUCACUGGAAUUGUCAAUACUGAACUUACGAAAAGCUCUGAAAAAAUGACAACUAGCCAACUGCAAACGAUGGUUCAGGAUGCUAUUACCAAUGAACGAAGUGAGAAAGUAACUUUCACAAUCCCGGCUUGGCAAAACAUUGUCAUCGACCAAUUGGUGAUCACAUGUGGCGAAUAUCGUAUUGCCACUGCAAAAACUAUUACAAGAUCGAUUCAUUGAAAAAAAACAAUAACAUAAAUACAGAUAAAUUUUUAAUAAAUGUGUACGUCCAAAUUAUUUUAUUGUAAUUAAUAAAUAUCUCAAUCAAGAAA